CAGAUUAAGCAAACAAAAUUAAAAGACAGUCGCAUGUGCUAUAAUGAGUGAUAUUUUUAUCCCAGGAAAUCAUGAGGCUGAGAUGUGCUAUGGAGGAGAAGCUGAUCUACACAAACAUGUUACUGGCUGUAAGAAGAAUCCAGGUCACAAAGGUUUUAUACCUCUUAAAGAUUUCAACGCAAGUUGUCUCCCCUCACGUUUCCAUGGCGACGACCUCUUGUCUGAGACAAUCAAAGCAAUUGCAGCCAUAACUGUCCAGGUAAAGACUAAAUUCACCAGUCUAGAGAGACCAGAGUUUUACCCAGGCACUCAAGUUCCAUAUCCAUGUUAUAAUGACAGAGGAAGUCACGUGAUGAGGUUAGGGACAGGGAGGGUGAGGAGUGUGUACAAGUACACAGAGAGUGACAAAACUUGUCGUUGUGCCACGUGUCAAGUCUCUGCCACACCCAGCAAAGUGUGGGGGGUGGUUCGUGUGUUGACAGCCACACACGCGGUGUUUGAUGACAGUGAGGCGAGACAGACCAGGUGUGUUUUACGUUUUGAUGACAAUAAAAGUCCAGUGGUCAGUCUUGAUGGCUGGGAGAUGACUGGGGCAGACAUUGAGGGAGACAUGUGUUGGUUGAGAUCAGAGGCGUAG